GGAUGAUAGGUUGGCGUACCGUGCGCGUGACGAGAUGAUGCGGAUGGUGCGGGACACGUUGGAUCGGCGAUCCAGAUCCCGCGAACGGUAUCGGGAUCCGGAUUUGCGACGCACUAGCCGGGAUCGGAGCUUGUCCUCGGUGCUGAGCGACAUCAGCUCCGGCAGUAGUUGUUUCGGAGCAGUGCGUGCCAGCGAAGCUUACGGCAGUCCAGUGUACGAAGAUCUCACCGAAGAUGAAAUCCAAUCGUUGGAAUUGGAGGAAGAAGAGGAAGACGAAGACGAGGACGAGGAAGAGCAGACGUCGUCGUCGGCGGAAAUGAUUGUAGCACCACCGAUGGUGCGGCACAAGAAGCGUAAGAAAGACAAAAAGAAAAAGGAAAAAGUCAAGGAACGGGAACGGAAGCGCGCGAAAAAGGAACGGCGCCGGCAAAAGGAGAUUCUCGAAGAGCGCAUCUGCCCUCCCGAACACGAGGUGGCGCAGUCGAAGGAGAUUUUCGCCUCCGGCCAGAACAUUCUGGUCAGCGUUAGUUUCAUUGACAGCGAAAAGACCACUGAGCGCGAAAAGUACAAGAAAAACAAACACCGGAAGAAACUGAGAAGGCAAAAAUUACGAGGAAAAGUUACCGUCGCUAAGGAGGAAACACUGCCCAAGGCAGACAGGAGAAGCUCGGGAUCCGCGGACGAAGCAAGUGUGCCGGCAGACGAGAAGAACAAUGUGGCGCAAGGUAAGCUGCAGGAAACGCAGCACAGCUUACUAGAACACCAUCAACAGCAACAGCAAUCAACAAUUCAGGCGCCUCCAGCAAAAAAGAAGAAAUUGGACCCGGCAGUUAAGCCGGUGAUGGUGAUCGACCUGGAACGGUCCCCGAGCGGCCAGGUGAUAUCUAGCCCACGAGAGGUUAUCGUUCUUAGCGAUGAGGAUGGCAAACGAGCGCGAGGAACAGAAGAAGCAAAGCCUAACGAUAUCGACCUGAACAAUCGGGGCCCCAAUACACCACCGGAGCCGGCUCCAAAGUCGCCGGAUUCGUACGAUCCCUUCCAGCCCACUAAAUCGUCACCAAGAUCGGGUAUUUCAACGAACGAUAUAGGCAGCAUAUCAACAAUAAGCUUCCAGGAACCCCGCCAUCUCCAUUUGGACGAGCCGAAGGAUGAAGUGAAGGCUGAAUUCCAUCACCCGCACCAUCAUUUACAUCCUCACAGCCACCAUCAUCAUCACCACCAUCACCAUCAUGGCCAGCAUCAUCACGGCCAUGCGGCUCAGGAACGUCUGCUCGCACCGACGGAUCACACGAGCGGUUCCGCUGGUUUCCAUGAUGACAGCAUCCUCGACCUGCAUCCGGAGUCCCCGUUUGAGAAGCUGGACGUAAACAGUCCCCGAACGGUGGUCACAUCGGCGCAGCACUUCCAUCAAUCCCCCAUGAAGGCCAUUAUAAAAUCUAUGCCGAAAAAGCUGUUGGCCGCGGGCAACAGUCGCGAUUCGCGGCCACAUUCGGCAGCAAUUAAAUCAAACCAAACUGGAACCGGUACGACGACGGGUGGCGGAACCGUUGCCACAACCACUGCCGGCGUUCCAUUUGAAGACGAACUGAACGACGGCGACAUCUCCCCGUACUCGCCUCGGUCGAGCGAUUGUGACGCGCAGCUCUUCGAGCCGCCACAGGAUGGCAAUGGAGAAACGCAAACCAUCGCCCUCACGGUGGACAAUUUGCGUAGGGUUUUUGGGAACGAUCCUAAAACACUGUACGGUGAUCUCCGCAAAAGCUACCAGCACCGUUCGGUGAUAGCCGUAGAUGAAAUGUACAAACCUCACAAAAUGACCCUGGAAAUGCUGGACGAAAUUCCGGACUCGGCCGUCGACAUGCAGGUCAAAGAGAAGCUUAUUAAAAAGCUUCAACGCCAAGAGCGGAUCGUCGAGGAAGUAAAACAUUUCCUUAAACCACACUUCAACAAAAAGCGCAUCGACAAAGAUGAAUAUAAGGAAAUUAUGAGAAAAUCAAUUCCCAAGAUCUGCCACAGCCGUUCAGGAGAAAUCAACCCUGCGAAAAUACAGGCUUUAAUCACGGCGUACGUGAAAAAAGCAAUUGCCAAACGGAAACUGCUUGGCAUUGAGAUUGGUUCCUCGUCCGGUACACCGUUGGCCAACAUCAGUUACGUACCAUCGACAACAGCAGCGCCAACCAUACCACUAUCAGCAUCCGAAACCGCCCCGUCGGUGGUAUUAAUGAAUCGUUGAUAGUGAAAUGUAAGAAUGUUGGGUUAAUGGCAACGGAGAGUGAAGCUACACCGAAAUGCACUGUGGCUUGGCAAAGCAUCGAGGAAAAUGGUAACAAGAGGUAUGAAAUUGGGAUCGGAAGUCGCAGUAUCGUAGUAUCGUCAACCUUUUGAAUUUGAUGGCCUUUUAAGUUAAGUGAUUUUCUUUUAUGUGAAAACCGUCGGCCGCACCCGAUUUUGUCGCGUGUGUGUUUUUGAUUGUGUGACCGGUGUAAGAGUACAAGGAAAUUCGUUACCGACAGUGUGCGCGCCGCGUGUGUCCAAGGAGUGAAGAGGGUGAAUAAAGAAGGCGAAAUCGGAAUAAUUUCGUUUGGAGAAAAAAUAUAUAAAUUAUAUAGAAUGUAAUGAGAUGAGAAGAGAUGGUUCUGAAUGCAACCGCAGCAAAGCACCCAUUUUACAAAGGAAAAGCAGUAUAUCGGCCUCCAAGAGGCCCGGGUCCCGGUGUUUUCAAUAGAAAAAGACGAAAACCCUAACACGGGUUUGUGUGGUUCGUUGCGAAGUGUGUUACGAUUUUCGCGUCGUUCCCGGUGCACCUAGUUGUAUAGUGCAGUUCCAGUGCCAGUGGAACAGUAAAAGUUCUUGGGGCAUAGGGGUCACGGAAGAAGAAAAUAUUUUUGUGAACCAGUUGCGACAGAUGCAAGCUUCAAGGAAAAUAGCUAAAGGCCGAAAGGAGCACAGGGACGCGGGCAUGAAGUGUAAAAAGCAUUGUAAGUGCUGUUUGAAAAAACGUUCAUCGUUCCAUUUUCAAACAUAAUACGUCGAGCGAUUAGAAAGUUCACUUUCUUGUUCGUGUACUAAGUUUCCCCCCGUUUGUGAAGCCCAGUGUACUGGCCGCAGCAUAAAGCAAUCCUAUUACUAGUGUAGUGUGUAAGGUCAUGAAAUUGGAAGGGUGGAUUGUGUAAGAAUUUUGGCGGACCUCACUCGGAAAUUAUGCUUUCGUCAUCCGCAAAGUGGUGCUGUGUUUGGAGUCUUGUGGAGGAAGCAAAAAAUAUUAAGCACCUCACCGCCUUUCCCCGUUACGAUCGUGCGAAUUUUAGAAUAUUUGUAAACUUAUGGAAACGAAUUCAAAGUUGGCGCACAUCUCACGCUCAUAAGAUUUUGCGAUCGACACUAAUGCCCAUCGCCAUUAGUGAGUUAAUGAAUUUCUUGAAACCUUUUACAGGACAAUACCGAUCGGCCGUGGUAUGUAAAAUAGCUGAGGGGACAGACAAACACACACAAACACAAACGAGCGUCUG